GUGUUUUUGUUUUACACCUUGGGUAAUGUAGUUCACGCUGUGAACACCGCCUAUUAAGACUGUGAUCUGAGUGGCUCAAGAAAUACAUUGACCAGAAGUCACCGGGGCGGCCGAGCCGAGAUAAGCAAGGAACCAUGAACUACGCUCGGUUUCUGACAGCUGUCAGUGCAGCCAGGAAGCCUUCCCCCAUCAGGAUCCUCACCGAGCUGCAGCAGCGUUCACCUCCGACCCUGAUCUCUCUGGCCGGAGGAGCUCCCAACCCCAACACCUUCCCCUUUCAGUCAGCGUCCAUCACAGUGAGGAAUGGACAGACCAUCACCUUCGAUGAGACGACAAUGAAGAGGGCUCUGCAGUACUCUGCCUCUAAUGGAAUACCGGAGCUGCUAACAUGGAUGAAGAACCUACAGAAGAACCUCCACAACCCACCGUCUGCGGUGGAAAUGUGUGUGACCACAGGGAGCCAGGAGGGGCUCUGUAAGGUGUUUGAGAUGCUGGUCAACCCUGGAGACAACGUCCUGCUGGAUGCACCCACAUACUCAGGCACACUGGCAGCACUUCAGCCGCUCGGCUGCAACAUAAUCAAUGUUCCCAGCGAUCAGCACGGCAUGAUACCCGCAGCCCUGAAGGAGGUUUUGUCUCGGUGGGACCCCUCGGAGGUGCAAAAGCCCGACAGCAACGCUCCCAAGGUCCUCUACACCAUCCCCAACGGAGGAAACCCCACAGGUGCCUCCAUGACGGCUCAGAGGAAGCAGGAGGUGUACGAGCUGGCCAGGCAGUACGACAUGCUCAUCAUCGAGGACGACCCGUACUACUUCCUGCAGUUUGACAAGCCGUGGGCUCCCACGUUUCUCUCCAUGGAUGUUGACGGGAGGAUCAUCAGGACAGACUCAUUCUCUAAGAUCCUGUCUUCAGGGCUGAGGAUAGGUUUUGUAACCGGUCCCAAACUGUUGGUAGACAGAGUGGUGCUCCACAUCCAGGCCUCCACGAUGCACACUAGCACCUUCACACAGCUCAUGGUGUCUCAGUUGUUGCACAGCUGGGGCCAAGAGGGUUUCCUCCAGCACAUAGACGGGGUGAUUGAGUUUUACAGGAAACAACGCGAUGCCAUGAUCAGCUCUGCGGACAAGUGGCUCAAAGAUGUAGCAGACUGGCACGCCCCAUCAGCAGGCAUGUUCCUAUGGAUCAAACUGAAGGGCACAGCCGACACCCAGCAGCUCAUUAUGGAGAAAGCCUUGGAGAAAGAGGUGCUGCUGGUUCCCGGAGGCGUCUUCAUGAUCAACAGUAGUGAGCCCUGUCCCUACGUCAGAGCGGCCUUUUCUCUCUCCACACCAGAGCAGAUUGACGAGGCUUUCAGAAGACUCUCUUCUCUCAUCAAAGAAGCUUCGUGAUCAAAGAUCUAUAUCUCCCUAUAAGAUGCUGCAUUAUUUUUCUAACUUACUAUUGAAGUGUUUUAUGUUAAAAUAUAUUAACGAGUUUUAAUAUAUUUUAAUAUUGUGUAACCUCUGACUGUAUCUAUACUGUGAUCGAGAGGGGACACUCAGAAUACAUGCACUUGGAGCUGAGCACUGGAGCUCAUUUGGAGCAAUGGAUAAGUUUAUGAACAAAAAAAAUAUAUAGUUGUUUACUUUAUAAUUUGUUGCUCCAUUGUUACACUACACAGUGAAGAUGCUUUGAUGUUUUUCAUGUACAAAAAAGUAAAUAACUUUUUUUAUCAGUCU